GAGAAGCCGAACAAAGCGCCAGGGAUCUUCAGGGGAAGGGGCUGCGAGCUGGCGGCUGUGGGCUGACUGGCUGCAGCGAGUUUGGAACCUCCUUCCUCUGAGCUCACCAAGCCUCGCCCAGUCACCACCCCCUCAAACCCCACCCCUAAGCGCCUCCGGUUCGGCUAGCUUGGGCUGCCCCAGGAAGUUUCCAUAAAGCACCUGAAAUCCCAAAUUACUUUUUCCAGGUGAGCUAGAGAAAGCCCUGCGCCCAAUCCGGUGAGUUGCAGCUGAGAACUUUGGGCUCCGCAGGGAGGAGGAAGGGAAGUUGAGAAGGUCUUUGGACCUGGUUGCCUGGCUGACUGUCUUCCUCAUGGCUUCCACAAGCCACCCCAGCAGGGACUGCUCCCAGGUCAUUGAUCACAGCCACGUUCCCGAAUUCGAGGUGGCCACUUGGAUCAAAAUCACCCUCAUCCUGGUGUACCUGGUUAUCUUCGUGGUGGGCAUCCUGGGGAACAGUGUCACCAUUCGGGUCACCCAGGUGCUACAGAAGAAAGGCUACCUGCAGAAGGAGGUGACAGAUCAUAUGGUAAGCCUGGCUUGCUCCGACAUCCUGGUCUUCCUCAUCGGCAUGCCCAUGGAGUUCUACAGCAUCAUCUGGAACCCCCUGACCACACCCAGCUACACCGUGUCCUGCAAGGUGCACACGUUCCUCUUUGAGGCUUGCAGCUAUGCCACUCUGCUGCACGUGCUGACCCUCAGCUUUGAGCGCUACAUCGCCAUCUGCCACCCCUUCAGGUAUAAGGCCAUGUCGGGGCCCUGCCAGGUGAAACUGCUGAUUGGCUUCGUCUGGGUCACCUCCGCCCUAGUGGCGCUGCCUUUGCUUUUUGCCAUGGGAGUUGAGUACCCCUUGAUGAACGUGCCCAGUCACCGGGGACUCACUUGCAACCGCUCCCGCACACGCCACCAGGAGCAACCGGAGAGCUCCAACAUGUCUAUCUGUACCAACCUGUCCAGCCGCUGGACCGUGUUCCAGUCCAGCAUCUUUGGUGCCUUUGUGGUCUACCUUGUGGUCCUGGUAUCCGUGGCCUUCAUGUGCUGGAGCAUGAUGCAGGUGCUUAGGAGGAGUAAGCAGGGCACCCUGGCUGCCCAGGGGCAGCAGCUGCAGCUGAGGAAGUUGGAGAGCCAGGAGAGCAGGAGCGCCCGGAGGCAGACCAUCAUCUUCCUGAGGCUGAUUGUUGUGACCUUGGCCGUCUGCUGGAUGCCCAACCAGGUUCGGAGGAUCAUGGCAGCGGCCAAACCCAAGCACGACUGGACCAAGUCCUACUUCCGGGCAUACAUGAUCCUCCUCCCCUUCUCAGACACCUUCUUCUACCUGAGCUCCGUCAUCAACCCGCUUCUGUACAACGUGUCCUCACAGCAGUUCCGAAGCGUGUUUGGGCAGGUGCUGCGCUGCCAACUGACACUGCCACACGCCAACCAGGAGAAGCACCUGCGUGCCCACGUGGCCUCCACCAUGGACAGCGCCCGCUCUGCGCACCGCCCUCUCAUCUUCCCGGCUUCCCAGCGCAGCAGUUCCUCUGCAAGAGCUAAGAUGGUUUUCUUAAGCACUUUUCACAGCGAGGCCAAGCCCGAGUCUAAACCUCAGGACCUGAGUUGUGAGUCACCAGAACCCAACUCAGAGAGGAAACCAGCCAACCCUGCCACCAGGAAUGGUUUUCAGGAGCACGAAGUGUGACUGCUGAGGAAGGCAGGCUGGACUGCUAAGCGGCACUCCUUACAUGAAAGCCAUGUUACCUUCACACAGCAGUGAUAUAAGAAACUGGGUUCCCAUCAGGGACAGGAGUGGAAGACGGGCCUGGGAAGAAAGCAGCCAGCCACCGAAGUGUCAGCUAAGGGCUGAUUUUGCCAGCCUGGCCUCAACUCUGAUUACAGAUGGGGCCAACUUGCAUUCCACCUCCCUCCUUCCUUUAAGGACACACUGAAAAUUCAAGCUCUAUAUAUUCAGAGCUCACAAAGAUUUUUUUUUUUUUUUUUUUUUACACUGAGCUCUUUCUUUGUUUCCAAAGGAACUAAAAGAACAAUUCCCCUCCCUUCCCAGAAUAAAAGGACACCCAGAAGAAUCUCGGGGAGCAGGGGGGAGGGCAGGCCAGAAGAACAAUGCAGGAGGGGCUGACAUUUCCUUCCGCCUUCAGCAGUGUGCCAAGAAAAGGGCUAUCUUGAGGAGCAAGAUGGUGCUGGGGAGCCAUGGCCGGAGGGCCAUGGCAGAACUGCUCCUUUUCUUGGGCCGGGGCCCGUUGCAAAGAGGGGUGUUGCAGCAGCUGAUGCACACCGAGUUCAGUUUCCCUGGGGAGCAGAAGGAUUGGUACCCAGCCGAGGCGAUGAGGCAGGCUGCCGACGAUGCACACGACUUGCGGUACAUGAUUCCUGCAACACAGACCCAAAGGAGCGAGGUUAGCCUGCCUGUGCCAGCCAAAGGACUGCAGCCCCCCGAGCCCAAAGCCCAGGGACAGCACUUCCUUACUCCUCCCACAGCCCAGAACCUUGGUGGGUCCAGGAAAAUACUCAAGGUUGUUUCCUUGAGCGUCCAAAGUCCACAACCUAUGCAGUGAAGAAGGCAAGCCUCAUUUCACUUGCUUUUGACAAUUUUUCCCAAGGCUAUUUGAGAUGCCAAUACCAGUGAAUAAAGAGCUGUUACUAUCAAAGUUCAUUUUU